AUGCCUUUGCCAUGGAAAAAGAACAAAGGUUCAAGAUUUUCACGUAUUGUUGCAGAUCUUCAGUCACCAAAAAGAGGGAAUUCUCUUGUUGUUGAGACUGGUUUCCCUACUUCUCUUGUCGAUCUCUUUCACAAGAACCGUGAGAGGUUAAGGAAACCAACUGCCAAGAAGAAAAAGAGGAGACAACAACAGUUGCAAGAGGUGGAGGAGGAACUUGUAAUCUCUGAUCCUAUUCCUUUAUCAAGUUCUAGAGACUUUGUGGAUUUAUCAGAGCCUAUUCAGAAUUUGGAGAAUAUGGAAAGUUUUGAUGUCUGUGAUUUGGUGAGUCAUUUAUUGCCUGUUGUUGAAGAUGUUGAUGAGGAUGUUGAUGGUGUUGAUAAUGUUAAGGUUGCUAAUAAGAAAUGUUGGAAUGAGAAAGAGAAACGUUUGUUAUUUGUGGUUUUGAAGAUGCUUUUGGUGGUGGUUUUGGGUUUAAGCACUAAAAAGCUUGUUGUUGGGAUAACAAUGUCUGCUUUUGUGCUUAUUUUUCUUGAAUAUAUUGCAAAACAUGUCUUAUGUUUGUUGAAACCAUGCUUGAAUGUAGAGCAAGUCUUAGAAACCUUUUUUGAAAGGGUUUCUUCAGCAUUUUUGAUGUUGAAAGGAGUAGGGAAAUGUGAAGAUCCGAGAAAAGGAUUGAUCAUUGAAGAGAUAGAUCAAGAAGAAGAUGAUUGUGAGUUUGAAUCUUCUGAUCUAAUUGAGACGCUUGAAAUGAAGUCUUCUAUUGAGGAAAUUCAAGUUGCAGAAUUCAAUUUUGAUUCGAUUGUGCCGGUUCAAUAUAGCAUGAGAACUGAAUCAAGAAUGGAUUUACUCAGUCGUGAUGGGAGAAAGUUGAGGGUAGUGGAGGUAGAGGAAGAUAGAAGUGUAUUUUCGGUAUGCGAAAAAGAGCGAAGCAGAAACUCAAAAAUCAGAAGAAAGUUUAUAAAGAAAUUGGUGCCGAAAAAUUUGCGUGCUGCAAAGAAGGCGAAGAAGAGUAAGGAAAAGGAACCAGAUUUCGGUAGCGAAUCAUCUGGUUGUUUGGGAGAUGAUGAGAUGGGGAAGAUUGAAGUGCUAGAAGAUGGUGACAAACAAAGGUUAGAAAACCAAGGCAAAGCAUUUCUAUCAGAGUUGCUGGAAGAAGAAGAAGAAGGAGGAGAAGAAGAAGAAGAAGAAGAGGCAAUAAACGAGAGGAGAAAAGGAAAAGAACCUGAUCAGGGAAUUUCUAGUUCUAGCACUGUAUGGCAGGGUAAAGUCGAGGUGGCUGUAGUUGAAAAGGGGGAAGUUGAAAGAAAGAGCAGUUCAGAUUAUCUGAUUCUCUUUUUUGUUGCUCUUGCUGGACUUGUUGGCGGUCGAAGUCUAUCCCUUAGGAAAUAUGGAGUUCUGUUCUCCCACCUAUCCACCACUCAAUGCAAGUAA